GAGGGAUUCCCUCCAGCUACAGCGUCUUUGUUCAAUCAGAACCAGUGGACUUGUCUGUCUGUGUGCUCACGCAUAUCCUUGCAGCGCUUUUAACUCACAAACUGUUGGGUGGACGUCUCUACAAAAUACACAGGCCUACUCGCGGUCGCGCCAAGAAAAUCCACGCGGCGACGUGAGGGGGCUUCUUCGCGUUAAAAAGGCAAAGAAACUACGGAAGAACAACACUGAGCAACACAAACGAGCUUGCUGAGCGGCGACGGGAGGGAGGUUCUCCUUGGCGGAAAAAUGCCAAAAAGAAAAAAAUCAAGGCUCUGCCAGAAAAAAAAACACAAUAAGAAAAUGGUGCUGUGGUGCGUACCGACAGUGGAGGAGCAGCGGCUUUCCCAACAGCUAACCAACAACGAAGGCACCUCAGCCUUCGUUGAGGAAACUGAAGAGCAUUGUGCAUGGAGACAAGCUACAGACAAUAUAGUUACUUCUGCACAUGCACACGCUGAGAUAAAUCCUGAACAGUGUACAUGUAUACAAGCUACAGACUGUACAGUUACUUCUGCAGAUGCACACGCCGAGGUAAAUUCUAAACAGUGUGCAUGGAGACAAGCUAGAGACUACACAGCCACUUCUGCACCCCAGGCUGAGGAAACACCAGAACAACGGGAAACUCGAAAAGCCAGGGCACGCACAGUCACUGCAGAAGCACGGGCUAUGGAAACUACUGCGCAACGUGAAUCUCGACAAGCCAGGGACCGCAUAGCCACUGCAGCAGCACGGGCUAAGGAAACUACUGCACAACGUGAAUCUCGACAAGCCAGGGACCGCGCAGCCACUGCAGCAGCACGGGCUGAAGAAAACCCCGAACAUCGUGCAUCUCUACAAGCCAGGGACCGCAUAGCCACUGCAGCAGUACGGGCUAAGGAAACUACUGCACAACGUGAAUCUCGACAAGCCAGGGACCUGCGCAGCCACUGCAGCAGCACGGGCUGAAGAAAACCCCGAACAUCGUGCAUCUCUACAAGCCAGGGACCACACAGUCACUGCAGCAGCACGGGCUGAAGAAACCCUGAACAUCGUGCACCUCGACAAGCCAGGGACCCCACAGUCACUGCAGCAGAACGGAUUGAAGAACACCCUGAACUUCGUGCAUCUCGACAAGCCAGGGACCGCACAGACACUGCAGCAGGACGGUCUGAAGACAACCUUGAACAUCGUGCAUCUCGACAAACCAGGGACCGCACAGCCACUGCAGCAGCACGGAUUGAAGAACACCCUGAACAUCGUGUAUCUCGCCAAGCCAGGGAUUGGACAGUCACUGCAGCAGCACGGGCUGAAGAAAACCCUGAACUUCGUGCAUCUUGACAAGCCAGGGAUUAUACAGGCACUGCAGCAGCGCAGGCUCAAUAAAACCCUGAACUUCGUGCAUCUCAACAAGCCAGGGACCGCACAGCCACUGCAGCAGCACGGGCUGAAGAACACCCUGAACUUCGUGCAUCUCAACAAGCCAGGGACCGCACAGACACCGCAGCAGCACGGGCUCAAUAAAACCCUGAACUUCGUGCAUCUAAAUAAGCCAGGGACCGCACAGACACUGCAGCAGCACGGGCUCAAUAAAACCCUGAACAUCGUGCAUCUUGACAAGCCAGGGACUGCACAGACACUGCAGCAGCAAGGAUUGAAGAACACCCUGAACUUUGUGCAUCUCGACAAGCCAGGGACCGCACAGACAAUGCAGCAGCAAGGGCUGAAGACAACCUUGAGCAUCGUGCAUCCUGACAAGCCAGGGACCGCACAGACAAUGCAGCAGCAAGGGCUGAAGACAACCUUGAGCAUCGUGCAUCUCGACAAGCCAGGGACUGCACAGUCACUGCAGCAGCACGGAUUGAAGAACACCCUGAACUUCGUGCAUCUCGAUAAGCCAGGGACUGCACAGUCACUGCAGCAUGGAUUGAAGAACACCCUGAACUUCGUGUAUCUUGAUAAGCCAGGGACUGCACAGUCACUGCAGCAGCACGGAUUGAAGAACACCCUGAACUUUGUGCAUCUCGAUAAGCCAGGGACUGCACAGUCACUGCAGCAGGACGGAUUGAAGAACACCCUGAACUUCGUGCAUCCUGACAAGCCAGGGGCCACACAGACACUGCAGCAGCACGGAUUGAAGAACACCCUGAACUUCGUGUAUCUCGACAAGUCAGGGACCGCACAGACACUGCAGCAGCAUGGAUUGAAGAACACCCUGAACUUGGUGCAUCUUGACAAGCCAGGGACCGCACAGACACUGCAGCAGCAAGGAUUGAAGAACACCCUGAACUUGGUGCAUCUCGAUAAGCCAGGGACCGCACAGACACUGCAGCAGCAAGGAUUGAAGAACACCCUGAACUUUGUGCAUCUCGACAAGCCAGGGACCGCACAGACACUGCAGCAGCACGGAUUGAAGAACACCCUGAACUUUGUGCAUCUCGACAAGCCAGGGGCCGCACAGACACUGCAGCAGCACGGAUUGAAGAACACCCUGAACUUCGUGCAUCUUGACAAGCCAGGGACCGCACAGACACAGCAGCAGCACGGAUUGAAGAACACUCUGAACUUAGUGCAUCUUGACAAGCCAGGGACUGCACAAUCACUGCAGCAGCACGGGCUGCAGAAAACCCUGAACAUCGUGCAUCUCGACAAGCCAGGGACUGCACAGACACUGCAGCAGCACAGGCUGAGGAACCCCAAAAUAAAAAAAUGGUACGUCAUAGGCAAUUCUAUCAUGCUGCUGGAUCAAGAACAAGAAGAAAUAACCCGGAUUAAAACAGAGCAGGAUUAAAUUACCAAUCUGAGAUCGAUUAUUAUCAGUCCAUGGUGAUAUUAGGCUCUAUAUCAAUUACUUGCGAAGAAUGCGGUACUAAAAUGUGGAAAGGAGAAUCCAAGGGAAUGUGCUGCAGUGAUGGAAAAGUCAAACUUUGUCUUGUGCACCCCGCCCCCUGAGCCACUGGAAUCCUUGGUAUCUGGCCAUACUUCUGUAAACACUUUCUGACCAACAUCAGGAAGUACAAUUCCUGCUUUCAAAUAACUUCUUUUGGUUGUUGUAUAUAUGCCCCUUUUCCAAAAUUUAUAUUGAGUAAUUCUGCCAAUAUUUUUGUUGUAAUAAUCGAUCUGGGUGUUGCAUGGGGCAAAAAAGGGUGAAAUAAUACACCCCUCAUAACUCGAGAAUGAGAAGCACGGAUCCCUGGCGAUACAGACUGGGAACAAAGGUUAAUAAAACCCUCAGAAUACCUGCGUUAACAACUAUGGUAGAUCACAAAUCUUGGGUAAACAUAAACCAAAUCAUAAUUAUUAAGUAUUAGACCUAGGGUCAUUCAGAAGAGAUACACGGCAAAAUAGGUCAAUUACACACGACAAGAUAAAAUGCAUUCCAUAGAAUCGGAGCCUCCCCAACUGCCUUUGUCUUCCAGCAGCACAUGGUAGCAAUAACCUAUGUAGGCAGGGAGGGCGCCUCCCCUUUAUAUAUCAAACACCAUGAAGAAAUUCCAAACCACGAUGGAAGUGCUGUAAACAUACGAAGAUAAAGGGUAGUAUAUAAUAUUUAUUUUUCUCUCUCUAAACCCGUAAGAGUGAACGGAAAGAAUGGCGACAAGAGGACACACUUCAAAAGACAACGCCCCUUUUUGUGAGAGACAACAAGAAAAAUGUAACACCCCCAACUGUGAGGGAAGAUAAGGGGGGAAUGCAGCUGAACAAAGGACAAAAGGAACCACCCCCCUGCUGCUUCCAGAUUAAUUAUGGCAGAAAAUAAAAAAUAGUCGCUCUACUCGGAGGGGCAACUAGCAGCUGUAAUCAAAAAGGAGAGAAGAAUUCAAAGGGAUUCCCGUUUCCUUUGUGAAAGACGCGCCGAGGGGGAUAAUUUCAGAUAUAAGCAAGGACAGAACACACAAUUUAGUUGUGCAAGUGGCAGGCUCCGGGAAUAUGCCCCCGUGACAGGUACUCGCAGUACUACCAUAAUACCACGUGGGCAAGAGUGUCGGCGCUGGCGACCAGCGGACGAGCUGCGAACGCAAUCGUGCAUCACCGAAGGAGAGCACGGAGAAGGAGAGAGAGCGCGUAACCAGCGCAACCGAGGAAAAAUGUUGGCGCUGGCGAUCAACGGACGAGCUGCGAGCGCAAUCGGGCACCUGCAAAGACGAGCAUUGUGCCUGCAACAGGCCUGGAGUUGCUGCCAAGAGAGAGAGCGCUAUGUGUAUGACACGCCCACACACACGACUCACCGCCUGGCAGGGAACCACUUAACUCAAAAAGUGGAGCACAACAACAAUACACCCGCACACACACAACACACAUAUUGGGACUAAUAAGAUUGCUCCGAAAGUUAUCUUUGUGUUUCAAAAAGGGUGGUCAUCUAAAGUGGGUGCACUAAAUAAUAGCUGAUCGUGAAAAGCAUUGCUGUCCAUUGAAUUACGUGGAUAUGGUCGUUUAGAAGUAUUUUAGUCAUUCUUUUUCGUUAAUUGUAUAACUGUACCAAUGAAUUCAUUGAUGAAACGAAACAUUUAUAAACAUCUAUGUUACGAAUCUCCACAUUCACAGAGAUAUUAUUGUAUUAAAAUAUUUCUUUUGAUCACAGAAUCUUGCCUACAAAUUUAUUGAAGCCCUUAGCCAAUUGAUAAGCAUUAGACAAGCAGGCACACUGCUGCACACCAUUGUUCCAAGACAUUUUGUUAAUUGCAUAAUCUUACCAAUGGAUUCAUUGAGGUCUUUUGCCUUCGGCACAUUUUUUUUAUUACUGUUCGUAUUAAUAUUGUCACAUAAAAGGUUUUUCCUGUCGCCAUGUAUGGUUGCUUUACUCUGAGGAAUUAGCCAAUUGUUCUCUUACCCAGUUAAACAAACGUAACCAUUGAAGGUGAAAUGUAUGGAUCAAUGAGGAGGACAUCUCCAGGAGUACUGUGUUGACAUUCCUCGCAUAAGAGUUUGCAUAUUAGAGUGUUAUGUUUUUUUUUUAGGUAUUAAAGUUGCUUAACACAGAAGAGUCUGAGUUCAUACAUAAUACUGUAUCCUGCGGUGAGAUCUGAAUUUUGGGAUCUGACAUAAACACAAACAUAAUCGGUUAAAGUUAAAGCGAGAAUCAUUGUAUUAUCAUGAUGGAUAAACAACCCUAGACAAUGAAGCCAAGCCUAAUUAUUAUAAAUUACAUACACUUGCAUAACUUCAUACAAUUACACCUUCAUUUUAUUGUUACGAUAGGAAAUACGCCGAGGCAACGAAACAGAGCCUAAUUAGCAUAAAUGGGGAAUUUGCAUAAUUACAUAAAUUAGCAUAUUUUUGGAACCUUUCACAUUUUUAUUUUUCAUUUAAUAUUUAUUAUUUUUCCAAUUUUUUAAGACCUAAUAUAUACAACAUGGUGCAACAAAGGAGAUCGUGGAGCCAGGAUUUAUGCCCACGUUCAAAGUUCAAGACUAAGUCUAUCAUCGAAUCGGAUCCAUUCAACCACUGCCUGGUGAAGAGCACAAGUUUAUUCAGAUAUACUUCAUGGGAGAUGAUGGCCAGCAAGGUAACCAGCAAUGCAGCAAUAUUCCUGGUGCCAGACUAGAAAUUGUUCUCUCACUCCAUGUUCAACCAACACAAUUUAUUGAUUUCAAGUUUCAAACAUGCAGCACAACAAGUGCAUCCAAGGUGUCAAGGGGUGGAGCAUGCACGGAAGAUCAAUUCCCCAACUUGUGGUGAGGUUGCUGUUCGUAUGGUGGGCGAAGAACAUGGUAAGAGAGACAUUGUGCUUCGAUACCAAGGCAACACCACUAAACGGAUUCCUGAGACAAACAGAGCAUAUGAUGCGCUACAAUACCCCCUGAUAGACAACACCAUCAAACGAAUUCCUGAGACAAACAGAGCAUAUGAUGCCCCAUGUACUGUGGCGUGGGCAAAAUGGGUACCACUUACAGAUUCCUCAAUUUAUCAAAGCAAUGCGCCAAAAUCAUCCUGACAAAACCGUCUCCUCUAAGUACUUCUAUUCCUUCAUGUUCAUGGACAGAGGAGCAAACUGCAUAUUAAGGUGCGCCAACCUUUUUCACCAGUAUGUUGUUGGUGAGUAUGCCAAAUUUGAGAGUGAGCGCCUUCUUUACAUUAAACACAAUCAAAAACGCCUGCGUGUAGAACAACAUGUUCAUCCCAGGGAUGCUAUCAAUGCUGAUGGAAAUUCAUUAUUUUGCCCUCAUCCUUCACAGGUGGACCAAGAUACACGCAUGAGAGGACUCACGAUGCAAUGACCUACGUCAGGCAAUAUGGCAGAGCCCGAUCUCUUUAUCACCUUCACUUGCGAUCUAAAAUAGAAGGAGAUCCAGGUUGAGCUUUAUCAAAACCAAAAGCCAACAGAGAGACACGACAUCAUUGCAAGGGUGUUUAAACUCAAAGUUGAUCAACUCGCAAGGCUUAUUACGACAAAGGAAGGCGGCAUCUUUGGGAUGACAAGAUCUAACUUGCACACCAUUGUGUGGCAAAAACGUGGUCUUCCUCAUGCCCACAUAUUGCUAUGGUUAAGGGAAAAAAAUUCAUGCAAGUGAAAUUAACACAUUUGUAAGUGCUGAGCUACCUGACCCCAAGAAAGAUGUGGUCUGCAAGCAAAUGGUCCAUCGCCCAUGUGGGGAGCUCAAUCAAAAUUCACCAUCUAUGCAAGACCGCAAGUGCACCAAGAAGUAUCCACACGAGGAUAUAGAGGAUGGUUAGCCUCUAUAUCGUCGCAGAAAAACUGAAGAUGGUGGAUUUGAAACAACGCUCAGACCUGGCACUAACUCUGAAAUGAAGGUUGACAACCAGUGGAUAAUUCCCUACUGCCCUCUUCUGUGCAAGAUCUUUGAGGCCCACAUUAACGUGGAAUUCUGAAAUUCUGUGAAAGCCAUAAAAUGUUUGCAAAUGCAUCAACAAAGGGUCUGAAAUGGCUGUGUUUGCCUUACAAAAAGAGGGGAAAGUGUGGAUGAAGUUCAACUUUUUUGUCGAAGGAAGAUAUAUCAGCAGCAACGAGGCCAUUUGGAGAAUUCUUGGCUUUCCCGUCCACGAGGGUUCUCCCCGUCAGCGGUCUAUUUGGUAGUUCACCUCGAAAAUGGUAACGCAUCUACGUCACCCGAAUUAAAUGCCCAACAAUAGGCCCUGCCUCCACGAGAUACGACCCUUAUGGCGUAUUUUUUUUUUAUGCCAAAGUGACCCAUUUGCUUGCAACCUGCUCUAUCAUAAAAUUCCCUCCUACUAUACCUAGACUGCUAAAAAGAAAAUGGAAGCGACGUGCUUGUGACAGUGAAUCCGAUGCCUUCGGAAGAGUCUACACAGUUCAUCCCAACAAUCAGGAGUGCUACUUUCUGCUAACGCUUCUCCCGUGUUGUCAAAGGACCAAAAUCUUUCCAAGACCUAAGAACAGUGGACGUUGUCUGUCAAACAUACAGGGAAGCUUACAAUCUUCGUGAAAUUCUUGAAGAUGUUUACACUAUGAGAUCUCUUUUACCAGUGGCAAAAUAUAGUAGUAGGUUUUUACCCUUUUAAACUGGUACAAAACUGACACCUUUAUUCAAGGCAUCAUGUUUGCAAUAACCACAACACAAGUAGUCAAAAAAGCAAACAAAAAGAAGCAACUCUGAUAAUGAUAAUGAUAUGCACUGUCCUUGAAGUUGAUUGGUCCACACCUGAGACGGCUUUAUUUAGAGCCUAGUCCCCAUUGGUGUUGGACCAGAUGACACCAGAAGGCGUACAACUCAAACACAGUGCAAUAUCAGAGUAUUGAGAGCUCGGGGUAAGCAUUUACACUAUGAGAUCUCUUUUACCAGUGGCAAAAUAUAGUAGUAGGUUUUUACCCUUUUAA